AAGGAAAGGAAAGUUGCUCUGGGCAUUUGUAAAACUUGUAAUAUUGUAAAGACAGCAUAAUAAUGGCUAUGUUAGCUAGAACUCUUGGACGCACCCUUGUGCAGGGUCUUCAGACAAGCGCUUCGCGUUCAAUUCAAACUACAGCUGCUGUCAAUAGUGAUCCUGGUACUCAUGGUGGUAAUCGUACAACUUGCACCUUGAUUCCCGGUGAUGGUGUUGGCCCUGAAUUGGUAUACGCCUUGCAAGAAGUUUUUAAGGCAGCCAAUGUUCCUGUUGACUUUGAAUCCUAUUUCCUUUCCGAAGUCAAUCCUGUUUUGAGUGCUAAAUUGGAAGAUGUUGUAGCCUCAAUUCAAAAGAACAAAGUUUGCAUUAAGGGUAUUUUGGCAACACCCGAUUACAGUGUUUGCGGUGAAUUGCAAACUUUGAAUAUGAAAUUACGUAACGAAUUGGAUUUGUACGCUAACGUUGUACAUGUACGCAGUUUACCCGGUGUUAAGACCCGCCAUCAAGACAUUGACACCGUCAUCAUUCGUGAACAAACCGAGGGUGAAUAUUCUGCCUUGGAACAUGAAUCGGUGCCCGGUAUCGUUGAAUGUCUGAAGAUUAUCACUGCCAAGAAAUCAAUGCGUAUCGCUAAGUUUGCAUUUGAUUAUGCUACCAAGAAUGGUCGCAAGAAGGUCACCGCCGUACACAAGGCUAACAUUAUGAAAUUGGGUGAUGGUCUGUUCUUGAGAUCCUGUGAACAAAUGGCCAAAUUGUAUCCACGUAUUCAAUUCGAAAAGAUGAUUGUAGACAAUACUACCAUGCAAAUGGUAUCCCAUCCUCAUCAGUUCGAUGUCAUGGUUACACCAAAUCUUUAUGGUAACAUUGUCGAUAACUUGGCUUCCGGUUUGGUUGGUGGUGCUGGUGUUGUUGCCGGUGCUUCUUAUUCUGCCGAAGCUGUUGUAUUUGAACCUGGUGCACGUCACACCUUCGCCGAAGCUGUAGGCAAAAAUGUUGCCAAUCCCACUGCUAUGUUCUUGUGCGGUACCAAAAUGUUGCGUCACAUCAACUUGCCAACCUACAGUGAAAUGAUCAACAAUGCCCUUCACCGUGUACUUAAGGAUGGCAAGGUCAGAACCAAGGAUUUGGGUGGUCAAUCUACAACUCAAGAUUUUACACGUGCCGUCAUUGCCAACAUCCAUUAAAGAUUGUCUUCAAGGUGCCGACAAAAACCACAACCAACAA